AUGCUUUUCGACGACACAGCUUCUAGUGGCCCUUCGACACCGCGCUCAUCGCAAUCAUCGUUGAACUACCAAUACAAUACAUCGCCAUCCUCUACCUCUUCACCACUAAGACCUCAACGAUCGAGCCUGAAGCCCAGUCUCAAAUCUUCCGAGUCGGUGACUAUGGCAUCUAAUAGGAGAUCAUCACCACCAGCGGUGAGGUUCGCAGAGCCAGAUCCGUUGCCAAAAUCACAGACCUGGCCGAGAGCAAGACCAAAGACUAUCCAGCUACCCGAACCUCUCGUCAACAAAAUACCGAAUCCUCUCACAAAGACUCAAUAUCAUCAUAUACCAUCGUUCACAAGUCCAACCGCGACCUUGAUGGAACAAAUCGAUAACUUUCAAGCUUGGGGAACACCGAUAUCGCCAAAUGUUAAACGACCAGUCUCUCUUCCCGUACGUCCAAACGGAUCUCUUAAAGUUGUUAGGAAACGAGUAAGCAGCCUCAAAGCCAGAUCAACUUCCUAUCAAGAGCCCGAUUCAAGAUGGGAGGGGAUUCCGUUGCCGGCUCACUUUACACCGCCAACCCUAGGCUUAAGAUCACGAGUAGUUUCCUACCAGUCUACCAAGUCAAUCAAGUCUACCAAAUCCGCCAACCUACGUAUCUCUACGCAAUCUGCUCCAGCAGUCUUGGAGCCCUCGGUAUCCUCCCCGCCAGGUCAAUACAACCCUCUCGAUCACUACAUACCUUGCCUGUAUCCCUCGUGCACCUUGCACUAUACACCUGCCCGUACGGGAUCGAACUACUACCUCCCUCAGAGCCCGUACAACAUGUCUCGUCUUCAUGGCUACUGCCCACGCCAUGCCAGCCAAGAUUUGAACCAGGCUAACAUAGCAUGCAAGCGCGAAUACGAGAACUUACGCCAGAGUGCGGGACGGAAGACCCUGGGCGUUAUAGCUGCAGAGUUUGAAAUACUGAAAGAGGGCCUCAGGCGGGAACGCCGACGCAAGGAUGCCGCACUAGUACAAGAGCAGAAGCAAAUAGUGUUGGGCGUGCCUCCGAUACCCCUAAACCAGAAAAAUCAUGACGCAAAAGGAAAACUCAGAGUCCAAGAAGCCGCAUGGGAUUGGCGCUAUACACUCCGUCCCUGCACAUCUUCACACUGCAAGGCCUACUACACACCUUACUCAAACCAUUACACUUAUUAUCGUACACCGAUAUCCGGCUUUCUGCCACAAGAGACUCUUUGCUCUGCUUGCGCGAAGACAGAGCUCGAAGGCUUUGUCGACAAGAUUAAAGAGAAGUGGGAAAGCAGGUGCGAAUGGGACCAUAGGGAAUGGCAUGAUUGGUACACCAACGCUUGUAACGACCGCACUAUGGAGCAAGAAUAUUGGAUCGAGGCCCAAGAAAAAUGUGUCCGGGAUAGGGGGCCUCCAAAAUGGGUGGGCAGGCUGAAAGAAACCGUUGUAGUAGAGGAGGAUGUCGUUGAAUUGAAGAAAGAGAGAAAGAGCUUGAUGAGGAAGUGGUUUGGAAGUAUGUCUACGUAG